AUGUCAACUAAUUUUCCCCAAAAUUUUUUCCAAUUUUUUACUCAAAUUUUCUUUUUUUAUUCCCUCAUUUCAAUAAAUUCAAUAAAUUCAAUGGAAGGAAUUGAUUUAUUUCAAUUAACAACUCUCGACGAUUUUAAUUGUUUAAAAGAAAAAUUAUCGGCUAAAUUUGUAAUUAUCCGUGGUGGACGUUCUGUUGGUUUAGUCGAUUCCAAUUUAAUUAAAAAUAUUAAAAAUGCUAGAGGAGGAGGAUUUGAGGAUGUUGAUAUUUAUAUUUUUCCUUGUGUUAAACCCGAAUUAAUUAAAAAUAUAAAUAAAAAUGUUACGUGUGGAAAUGCUAGAGAAACAAUAACUUCAGUUCUUAAUGAAUUAAAUUGUAAUAAUUUAAAAAUAGGCAGAGUUUGGUUAGAUAUUGAAGGCGAACCUGGGGAAAAUAAUAAAAAUCAAACUUAUUAUUGGUAUGAAGACAAGGAAAAGAAUAUUGAAUUUAUUGAUGGAAUGAUUAACAUAUUAAACGAAAACAAUCAACUUUUUGGUAUUUAUGCAUCAAAAUAUUUUUGGACUAAAAUUACAGGGAAUGAACAAAAAUAUUCCUCUCAACAAAAAACAUUCCUUUGUGGUAUGCCCAUUAUGAUGGAAUAAAUAAUUUUGAUGAUUUUUAUUCAAAAUAUUCUUUUGGUGGUUGGAAUAAACCUUUUAUGAAACAAUAUUCUGAUGAAAAUUCUGAGAAACAGAAAAUUUGUAAUUUAAGUGUUGAUUAUAAUUGG